AUGCUUUGCGAAGGACUUUAUCUCCACACAGUUCUAGUUUGGGCAUUUAUAUCACAAAGCAACCUUCUGGCGUGGAUGAAUAUCGUUGGUUGGGGUAUACCAUUGAUAACUACGAUAAUCUAUGUUCCUGUUAGAGCAAUGUUGGGAGAAGGAGAUGAAAUAAAAAUGUGCUGGAUCAAGGAUUUCCGAUACGACAUUAUCCAGCAAGUGCCAGUAGCAGCAACAAUUGGUCUAAAUCUAGUGUUCCUUAUCAAUAUAGUACGAGUGGUAGUGAUAAAAUUACGAAGGGGACCCGCGAAUGAUGGUCAGGGUGGAGGUGCCUCAAGAUCCACGCUACAAGCAUUAAGAGCAACGUUGUUACUAGUUCCUUUAUUAGGACUAAACUUUUUGCUAACUCCAUUCAGACCCCAGGGAGGAUCUCAAUGGGAAUACGUUUAUGAUAUUGUAUCAGCUGUAACGACUUCUUUGCAGGAAACGUUUGACGUUAAAAAGCCAGAAGCCAUGAAAAUUCUCUGCAACAGCUAA